CCCGCGCUUCUUCCUCCCGCUGCUCCUCUCAACUUCCAAGCUAUUCCCCCUGUCCCGUACUAAAUGCCUCCCUUCUUCUCUUACACCACCCUCCCCUAUCAACUCACGGAGGGCCCUUAUCCCAUGCGUGAGUUCUCGGAGUAUUUGGUCGAGCUUACUGACAUGGAGCCGCUGCCCUUCGCCGACGAAGACGUGUGGGAGUUGCACCGUGCGCUGUACAAGUUGGUGGCGCUGGGGAUGUUCCGGUACUUCGUGGAUCACGAAGACCACUGCAUCGGGGAGCACUUCGUUGUCUACUGCGUCAUCACACGGCCCAAGCCAGCGGAGAAGGAAGGGACGGUGGCGCUGUACCCAUUCGCCCAGCUCCGGACGAUCGAUCUGGGAUUGCUGGAGCUCAUACAUCUUGAGCUCCUCUCCAUUGUGCAAGUGAUCGCGAGCGAGAAGGAGGAGAUCCAACCACGAUUGCGGACAGCGACGGCCCCGCGGAGAACGUACAACGCAGUCGUCAUCCCGGAUUACAUUGCGCAGUGCGCGAAGAGGUUGGAGGGCUUCCCAGAGGAAAAGCCAUUGCGGCCUCCCUCGUCGUAUCUGCGACCGGCGCCCCCGAAGGCCCCCAAGAAGACGCUGAAGAGGAAGAGACGCCACCCGUCUCUAGGAGCGCAAGGCAGCAGGAUCGGCGGCGGCGAGGAGGUGAUUCAGCCCGCGCGUACGCGGAAUCCUGACCCCGUGCCUGGGAGUGCGGCGACGCUCGUUAAGGAGACUGUCGUGCCAUCGCCGCCCUUUCCGCGUGUGCCCGAUCUCAAUCUUGAUGGAGUCGGGCCAUCAUCAGCAGCAGCAGCCGGAGGAGGAAGCCGAAUGGGAUUUCCGGAUCCCAUAUCUAGMCCCCCCGUCCUCGCGGGACCUCUCCGGAGCAGGAUGAACCAUCGCCAGCCGGAGCAUGAGGCCCUCGAGCAUUUCCAGACGCCGCUUGCAGAUCGCUUGUUGCGGCAUCGGUUCAAUGAGGAAAGGCAGUUGCGGUACGACAUUCAGCAGGUGAACGUGCCAGCGCCUGGGGUUGCUGAUUUGGCGGCGUACUCGCUGCUUUGCGAUCGGCUGACGUAUGCGGGGGUGUACGUGGACGUGACGCAGUUGCCUGGUCGGGAGACGACUCGAGUCUUCAUUGAGUUUCGCGCGCUCCAGGUGGCACGCAACUUCGUGCACAGCGUCGCCACCUUUAUCGGCGACUUGACGAUCCUACCGCAACCGAAUCAGGAGCCGGCGCAAAGUUUUGUGCGCGAAUACGCGGUGGAAGCGGCCAGAUCAGUGGCCAGAUUGCAAGGACGGGGGGGGCACCGAUUCACAGCCCACGAAGUGCUGCUGUGCAGGGCAGAGGACGGACCCAUUGCAUUGGUGCCACAACUCCCCGCGCUUCUUCCUCCCGCUGCUCCUCUCAACUUCCAAGCUAUUCCCCCUGUCCCGUACUAAAUGCCUCCCUUCUUCAUUGACAAGAUUCCUUCAUUAAGUGAACUAUCGACCAUAAUGAUGAUCGAUUGUCCACGAAAGAGUAGUAAUUCAGAAUUCCGAGUAUUCUCUGAUUGUAGAAUCUUAAUAUGUCAGCAUGAUCYAUGGGGACUAUUCCACGUUUUGCCGUGGGUAUAAAGUCUCCUUUCAAAAAUCCCUGUUCUCGCAGUGUACUUAACAGUUUCCUGAUGGGUGCAUGCAACACCAAUCUUUUCCUUCUUUCGUACCUUCUGCUUUUACCACGCGAUAUUUGGGUACCUAGGAAGAAGAAUCCGGAAUCAAUAUGUGAUAUCUUA